AUGGAAUCGGCAGGCGCCAGAGCACAGCCUCGAGGGUACCGGAAGUCGUUCUAUCAUGAAGUGUUCGUUGCUCUUGCUGCUAUUCGUGAUGGCUUGUGUCGACCUCAUCGCGGCCCGCUAUCAUUGCCCUCGUCAAUGCACGGACACACCCCUGGUCGACGCAUGCUGCCGGGCCCACGGCUUCAAGCAUGGCAUCUGCAUACGCGGAUGGACGAGAUGCCA